GAAGACAGGUACCCUAUGAUAUCUCCCUUAUCGUGUCUGGCUCAAGAUUCAGGUGAUUUCCCCGCAGCUGUGCCCGUGGUUCCCAAGGCUAUCGGCAACGGCAAGUCGGCAACACCGCCAGCCACCAACCAGUACAGUGUUACACCAACUAGCGUGAGGGUGACUGUUCCUUUGCUUCCCUGUUCGUGCAUCGCCAUGUCUCAGUCUCUUGCAACCAUGAUUGCUGAUAACAAUACUCAUUUCUUCGAGGGUGUGGAAAAACUGUUGGAAGUAUGGUUUACUAGAAAGGAUGGAAUGACUUCUAACUGUGAUCUAAGGAAAAUACCAAGAUCACAGCUGGAGGCCAUUAUGCAGGAGGUCAAGUGUGAAAUUAUCUCCACCACUUCAAAUGAUGAACUAGACGCAUAUGUUCUGAGUGAGUCAAGCAUGUUCAUCUCUGCUCGACGCUUCAUCCUUAAGACAUGUGGCACUACAACCCCGCUUUGCUGUUUGCCGCUGCUGAUUUCCAUGGCCAAGGAAUAUGCUGGAUAUGAUACUGUGCAGGAUCUGUUCUACUCAAGGAAGAAUUUCAAACGCCCUGAGCUGCAAGUGUCUCCACAUCGCUCCUUUGAGGAAGAAGCCUCCAUGCUGGAUCAAUUUUUUGCUGGAGGCCGAGCAUAUUGCAUGGGAAGUUUUAAUCGGGCAGACUGUUGGUACCUUUACACAGUGUCUCCUGGCCGGCCACGCUAUCUCCCCAAUGCUGCUCGCCACAACUUGCCCCACAGCUGGGUUGGGAAAGUUCACCGUGAACCUGACCAGACUUUAGAAGUACUGAUGAUGGAUCUUGACCCAGAGAAAAUGAAAUGGUUCUGGAAAGACAUCUGCCCCACUGCUGCAGAAGCCACUAAGAACUCUGGCAUUGAUAGACUCAUUCCUGACAUGGUGAUUGACGACUACCAGUUUGAUCCGUGUGGCUAUUCAAUGAAUGGACUGAUGCGGACUGUACCAGGAGGCUAUAUGACAAUCCACAUUACACCUGAGUCAGAGUUCUCAUAUGUGUCCUUUGAGACCAAUGUGCCUCAGAAGUCAUACAAAGAUCUCAUUGCACGUGUAGUUGCCACAUUUGGUCCCAAGCAGUUUGUGAUGACAUUCUUCACCAGUUUGAAGAAUGGUAAGAAAAUUGAUAUAGAGGAUGGGGACUACAGCGUGCCUCAGUACAUUGACUACGAUGUUGUUGAUGUUCAGACCUGCCGUCUGCAAGCUUAUGAUCUGACUUAUGCCCUCUACAACAGGUUCCCAAGUUAGGGAAUCGUCCCCCACAAAGAGCAACAUGAAAUCUUGGCAUCAGAUACAGAAUUGGAACCAUUGUUCUUAUGUGGAAGCCCAUCAAGAGAAAAUCAUGAUGAUAUGGAGCAGUUAACAAGUAAUAGCUGCAAACGGGGAAGCUUAUGGGCUAAAAUGUCAGAACAUGGUUUCUAUCUGUAUAAGCUGUCACGACGUUGUCUGCUGCAGUAUUCUUCAUUUUCCAUAUAUCUUAUGCUAUUGAUCCUUGUUAUUAGAAUAGAAUUAGAAUUUCGUCUGCUACAUAACUCUUAUGCCUACGAACAUCCUGCAAGUAGCAAACGAGGAUCAGUUAAGACUUAUUAUAAAAUCUCUGUAUCCUCGUGGAGCAUAGGUUGCUGUUAUAAACAUGAGAGCUACUUCCUGCAUGCUGCUUGUAAACUGAGGUCAUCCUGCCUUCCAAGAAUAAUAUUUCUGUGGUGGCAGGAUGUGUACUCCUGAAUAGAACCUUAGAAGCAGCAGUUGGCAUGGUCAGUCUACAUCAUGUGGCAGGCACAGCCACUUCAUCUUGAAGGGAUGAGUCUCCCUUCAUGAAUGAUUGCUUUCCAUGAUUCACCAUCAUUUGUGGUACAGAGAUGUUCACUUGAAUGCUGUACCCAGAAAAUGAUGGUAGGACCAGGCUCUUGCAAAGGGCCUGGCCAAGAGACAUAGCUGGAGCUGGAGAAAAGAAUGCAGAAGGAAGUAUUUUGUUGGCGAUAUUUAUGGAUCAACAGUAUAUUGAUGAUGAAUGAUAAAGAAGGAGCAGAAUUGCAUUUUCUUUAUCAGAUAUCUGUUGAUUUUCUCUCUCUCUCUCUCUCUCUCUCUCUCUCUCUCUCUCUCUCUCUCUCUCUCUCUCUCUCUCUCUCUCUCUCUCUCUCUCUCUCUCUCUCUCUCUCUCUCUCUCUCUCUCUCUCUCUCUCUCUCUCUCUCUCUCUCUCUCUCUUCCGUAUUACCAGACUGUAAAGUUUACAGCAUAAACUAGAACAUCACAGUAAAUAUAUUAAUGUUUGAAUGGAUAUAUUGAUAUCUUAACACCAGUAUAAAGUCAAGUUUUCAAGUUCAAUAGAGGCUCAUAAGUAUUCAAAGUUAUCAAGAGAUACAUUCAUACAUCAGAAUCCAGGAGAAUCCCAAAAGUCAAUUGUCAAUGCUACAAAAACACUAAUAAUCAUUGGACUGCUUAUAAGAUAUAUGUGAUGCAAUAAUGUUGGACAGAAUGAAACAAAGGAAUUGGUUUUUCAUUCCAUAUUGUCUUGUGCUUUUCUGUUAUAUUAUGCAUCAAUAUUUUAUCUUUCCACUGCUAUACUACUUUUGUCUUUAUUGUCUUGUUCAUUUCCUUAGUUGCAUUAAUUAUAUCAAAAAUUUUGUUAUCCUAUUAUUUAUGUUAUGUUAUGUUAUGUUAAAUGGUCACUGCAUUAGGUUUUAUGGUACUAUUAUGUUUGAGGCACUGCUUAUAGAAAGGACUUAACAUGUCACCCAUGGCCAAUCCCAGUUUGUUGCAUGAAAUCAUGCUUCAUCCUGUCUUGUGUCUAAGACAUAUGAUUAUUUUAUUGUCAAAAAAAGAAGAGAAGUUCCAUACCAAUUUCUUAAAAUAGGUUGUACCUUACAUUGUAUCAUAUUCCCCCCAAAUAUGAUUCUUUAUUACAAUUUUGCAGCCACAGGACAUUGAAUUGAAUGAUUUUCACAAUGCACUGCAGUAAAAGUUAGCACGAAGUUCCUAAACCUUGAUUGAAGUAUGCAUCAAAAUUUGACAGUAUAAGAACUAAUUUAUAAUAUUUUACCACUCCUGUUUAAUCUUAUAUUUAUAUUUCAUAUUGCUAUGCUCCUAAACUAUAUAUAUGCAGAGAUUUAACUUUUUUGUUCACAGGAUUAAUUUUGUUGCAUUAAUCCAUGUUUACGGAAACUUUAUUUGAGUAAUAUUUAUUAAUUACAACUUUGUUAAGUCCACAGUUGCAUGUCAGUGUAGUUGUAGCCUUUUCUUUGAAACUAAUCUAUAUGAAUCAGUUGAUUAGAUUAUAAAUACUAUCAGCAUGGAGCCAUGUGUAGACUUCACUGGUUGGGUAGCAUUUCUUGCCUUUAGUUGAUUGCAUCACUGUACACCUGUCUUGUUUGUAUACCAUACUUUGUUAUUUGCUUGAUGUCAGCUUUUCUAACAGAACUCUCUUCACUGCUAUUAAUUCAUGUAUUCAUGUAUGUAUUCUAAUACUUUUUCUUAGCCAGACGACUCAGCUCCUGGUUCUAUUAUACUACUACUACUAUUGAUAAUAAUAAUAAUUAUUAUUAUUAUUAUUAUUAUUAUUAUUAUUAUGUUAUUGUUAUUUUAUUAUUAUUAUUAUUAUUAUUAUUAUUAUUAUUGUUAUUAUUUUUAUUUCUAUUAUUAUUACUAUUAUUGUUAUUAUUAUUAUUAUUAUUAUUAUUAUUAUUAUUAUUAUUAUUAUUAUUAUUAUUAUUAUUACUUUUUUUUUCCCAUGUAACCACAUUGUUUUUAUGUUGCAGCUAUUCACAAGCAAGUGACUGGAUGCGUACCAUAUAAGUGACUGAUGUUAUGGAAUUCUCAAAUUAUUUAUAUUUGUUUGCUUAUUUUUUCUAUUUUUUGGCACAACAGUUUUCUACCAUUUAUACAGUAUUCAGUAAUUUCAAGAUAAUGAUGACAGUUUGCUAAAUAUGUUUACUGCCAGAGUUGCAGUGAAGAAAUUUUACCCACCUCAUAAAGGUAGUACAUAUCAUAAUAUGUUAGAACUAUGCUUGUUUUAUGAAUAUGAAAUGCACACUACUAUUUAAAUGAAAGAAACAAAAAAAAUUUCAUUGGUGUGUGCAUAUAAACAUAAGUUGUGUUGAGUGGAUGGGUCAGAAAAUAUUUUUUUUGUGCAUCUUUAUUCAAUGCCUUAUUCACUGUGGCUUGUGGUUUGGUAACUUAAUCCUUUAUACAGCUUCAUGUACCAAAUCUAAAUAUUUUAUCAUUAGAUAUAUCAUAGAGAAACAAAGCAUUAGGUAUGAAAUGUUUUUGAGCAUCCAGUACCAUACCAAUAUUGAUAUUGAAAAUAUGUACUAAUCUAAGUACAUAGCUGAGAAUAUGUACUACUGAAUGUUUAGUAUUAUUUGUUUCAUAAUUAUUGUGCAGGGGUCUUGAAUAUUAAAAUCAUAUCGGUAGUAAUUGCCCUGGCUGGGAAAGAAAGAGACAGUAAGUGUACGCAUAAUACAAGCCACAGUAAAUGCAUAUAUAUUUAAUACAAUUAUUGAUACUAAUAAUUAUUAUGCUUAUAUUUAAAAGUGAGGCAGUUAGGUUUAGAAGCCCUAAGUGUUGUCAAAGCCUGUAAGCUUGUAACUGGGAAAAUAUUCUGAAAGAUGAAUCAGUAAAUAGGAUAAUGUAUACUGCUUAACAGUUACCAGAAGAAUGUAAUGCAUAAAAUGUACAAUUUUAAGAUUAAUAUUGCUUGGUACUACAUACAUACAUGUAUUUUGCUCAUUACAUUACCUAUCAGAAAAUAUUAAAAGUCCUCAGCUAGUAAUUCAACAGUGAGCUCUGUUCUAUGAAAUUAAUAUUCAGAGUAAAAAGAUAGAGGCUGAAAAGUUUAAAUUGGGUUACAGUACCUAGAAGUUAUGACUAACCCCAGUUGCUGCAGUAUGCCUUCAUCAUUAGAGUUCCACAUUUAUAUUGGAAUUAUACAAUAUGGAUAUUGUUUUUAUUAUAAGCAAUCUUUGUAAGACAGCAUGUCAAUUUUAAUUCCAGUGAAUGAUGUAAUUUUUAAACUGGUUUUUGGCAGUUUUCACCGACUUCCUAUGCAUUAAGUUCAGGUGUAUUUUCAUGCAUUGUUGAACAUUUCCCUGUUAUCACUUGCUUAUGGUUAUGGGGUACAUUUAGUUGUUUGAUAUGCAAUAAUUCAUAGGUACCAUUGGAUUCUUCAAGGUGAAAAGAAGCUAUUUCUGACAGAUUUUAGAAGUUGUUAGUCUAUGAAAUGUUAAUUUGUUUUAGAUCAUACUUGAUUUUUUUUUUUUUUUUUUUUUAAUAUUUCUUGUGGGUCCACUGAUAUCAGAAUGGUGCAUGAGAAGCUAUGAAGAAACCAAGUUGACCUCAGAAGAUGUAAUGAUAUCUGAGAAAUAACCAGACUUUGUUUAUGCUUCUAGUAACCUUAAAGAUUAAGAAAAACAAGAUAUAUACAUCCAA